AUGUUGGAAGUGAGCAUGCCCGAUCUCUGGAACACGGCGAUGGGGGCUGCGCAGACGAGCCAACAAAGCGGAGCCAGUGUGCAAGCUCAACUGCUGGCUGCGGCAGAGGCAUCUCGCGCCCAGGCGGAGGCUUUGGGCCUGACCAGCCUCCAGCAGGCGCGCCAGUCUGGGCUGGCGGCCGCGGAGGUGGCCCGGCGCCGGAGUCUGGCGCUGGGCCUGGCGGCCCAGGCGGCGGAGCAGGCUAACAAGCAGCUGGGCGAGCCACUGGCGAAGUUUGCCACUAUGUUCCCGGAGGUGCAGCACAACAUCAGCAAGGCACCGGGCCCGCGCUUCUCAAACUUCGACUUGCAGGAGAUUUGGACGGUGGCCAUGAAUGCAGCAGAGCGCACCAAUGGCACCAGCGAGGAGCAAAUCUUGGCAGCUGCGCAGGCGGCAAAAGGCUUGUGCGCCAGCAGGGGCUACAACGCUUCCGGCCAGGCGAGGAUGUCCAGCCUUGCUGCCGGGGAAGUGGCAAGGCACCUCACAGGUGAUCAGAUGCUGCGAGCCGACGCUGCCAGCGAUGCUGCCACGCAGGUGACGUCCUCUCUGGGCCUUGGUGCCUCCCAGAGCGCUACGGAGGCAGCGCUGGCCCGGAAGAUGGCGACUGCGGCGACAAGCGACGAGGUGACGUCCUUGGUGCGCGAGGCCACCGCCGGCCUGGCGCUGGGCCCUCCGCAGCUAGAGGAGGCGCAGAUGCAGACGGUGGAGGCAGAUGCGGCAGCUGUCUUGAGCGCUCACCCCGGCAAUCAGAGCUCCUUGCUGGUGGGCGUUGGAAUCGGCAUGGCCACGCUCUUCCUCGUAGGAUCUGCUUGUGCUGGCCUCUUCCUUGCGCUGAAGAGCAAGAGGCCCAAGAAGAGGCUCCUGGACCCCGAGGCUGAGGAUGAAAAGAUGCCGCUGGUGACAGCGGAGGCUCCGCCCCCGCUGCCAGACGGGGUGCUGCCGGGCUCCGCCGUGGACCGGGCGGUGUACCGUUUGGAGACGCGGUCCUUCGGGACGCUGCCCGGCGCUGGUGCCAGCCGAUCGCUGGAUUUGCCUUCUGGCAGCCUGGCCAGUCGCCCAGAUUUGACAAGCUCACGGCCCAAAGAGAUCUCCUACGAGGAGUGGUCGCGGUCCUGGCUGCCUGGACAGCCCAAGCAGGUAAUCUUUGAGGUGCCGCCUGGCGCGAAACCUGGUGCUGCACUCGCAGUGGAGGUGGCACCAGGGCUGAUGAUGGCCACUGAAGCGCCGCCAGGUGCCUACCCUGGUGCCUUGGCGCGGGUGCAGCGGUGA